AUGUCGACGUCGGCUGAAGGUGGGUUAACGCAACCUAAAGAAGGAGAAGCAAAGUGGCCUCCGGAGAAUGAGGCCCGGUGCAUAUUGUUGAUGUUGGACGAAGUCAUCUUGGGGAAGUGCAUCAACCAGAAUUUCAAAACAAGCAAUUGGAUGGAUAUUCAAAAAGCAUUGAACAAAGCGUGUGGUCCACAACACCAUUGCGAGAUAACACAAAUCACGAGCAAGCAUGAUCGGUUGAAAGUGAAGUGGCGUCGGUUCCACAAUAUGCUGCAUAAUACAACUGGGUUCGGCUGGAAUUCGAAGACUGGGAAGCUCACGGGCGGUGAUGAAGUUUGGAGCCGGUGGUUCGCGGUGCGUCCAAAGGACAAGGAGAUGAAGAGGAUGGCUUGCGUGCACUAUCGUGAGUUGAUCACAAUUUUUAUCGGAAACACGGCAACUGGUAGCGGUGCAAGGGCAUCUACACAGCCACCCGAAGAAACAAGCAGGCGUCGUAGAUCCAACACCGCAGUGACUGCCAACUUCUUGUUUCCCGACGAGUUAAGUGAUGCCAAUGAACACCCCAGACAGUGA